AUGUACUCGACGCGACUGAUCCACCUACUCAUGGUGGCCCUCUCGGUCAUCACCGUCGCUCAAGCCACCUGGGCUGACCUAGGCUUUGUCGGUAAGGCCUUCAGAGAGGUUGUCGCGAGACAGGACGACGAAACCACCGCCUCCUCCUCCUCCGCUGCCGCAGCUACGACGUCGACCAGCGCUAGAGCGUCGAGCAGUGCUGCUGCUCCUACAACCUCCUCCUCCUCGACCGUUGCUGCUACCACUACCACUCCUGAGGAAACCCCGACUACCGCCGCCACCACUCCGACUACCUCCAACGAAGUAACGACCACACCAGGCCCUGCCAACACAGCACAAACGACCCCGUCCACCUCCAGCUCUAGGGUGCAAGUUACCACCUCAACUGAUGCUGGCGGCAAUGUCGUCACUACCUCAUCCACCGUGGCCGCCACACCUACCGACGAUGCCAGCUCCUCAGAAUCGACCACUCCAUCCUCGGUCGUGACGACUUUCACCAGCCAAUAUACCUCGGUCGUCGUCAUCACAACCACUGAUUCGGGAGGCGCUGUCAUGACCACGACUUCCUCCACUACUGGUGUCGCCACAUCUACUGGCCUUACCCAAGCCAGCACUUCCAGCUCAGAUAACGGCGGUAUAACCCAGCAGACCAAAAACACCAUCAUCGGUGUAUGCGUUGGUGUCGGUGGCGCUAUCAUCCUUGGUGUAGCAGGUCUCUUGUUCUGGCGCCUGCGCCAAAGACGAGCUCAGGAUGGUGACGAGGAUCUAGUCAACUACGGCGCCGGCACCAGUCAGUUUAACAGUGCCCCAGAGAAGAGCGAGGCCAGCGGUAGCAUGACUGGCACUGGCGCUGGUCGUAGCCCCUUCCAGAGCACCCUCGAGUCAUACCACGCACCAACUCAGAGCAACACCGGUACCAACUUCUAA